GUCGCGUCACAGGCCGAACAACCAAACAGAAAAGUUUAAUAAACAGCAGGCGGAGGGGCUGGUGGCGGCGGCCGGGCCGGGGCGAGCGGGGUUUUGGUGGCCUCACCUGUCCCCAUUCACCGGCGGCGACCGGCGGCGGCGGGCAGCGCGUCAGGCGGAGAGAGCCGCCGCCAGAUGUAGAUGGAUCUAAAUCCAUUCUCUGGACAUUAAGAUCAGCUGAAGGAAAUUGGGAGCAUUUUUACCCACUUAACCCAAGAAACAGCAGGAAAGACAACCUGACAUAGGGAACUGGGAACUGCUAUACAGAGAGAGAACUACAAAGCAUCCUCAGUGCAGUAGGAACCCUAAUCCAAAGUCCCUAUACUUUUAUCAGAGUGUGCAACAGAGGAACAUGGCUCAAGAAACUAAUCACAGCCAAGUGCCUAUGCUUUGUUCCACUGGCUGCGGAUUUUAUGGAAACCCUCGUACAAAUGGCAUGUGUUCAGUAUGUUAUAAAGAACAUCUUCAAAGACAGAAUAGUAGUAAUGGUAGAAUAAGCCCACCUGAUGAGGUGUUGGCCUGCCCAGGGUACAGAGUCACUAACCUGAGAUGUGGUCCUGUUACAGCACCUUCUGUCAGUAGUCUGUCUGAGUCUUUACCAGUUCAGUGCACAGAUGGCAGUGUCCCAGAAACUCAGUCGGCGUUAGACUCUACAUCUUCAUCUAUGCAGCCAAGCCCUGUAUCAAAUCAGUCACUUUUAUCAGAAUCUGUAGCAUCUUCCCAAGUGGACAGUACAUCUGUGGAUAAAGCAAUACCUGAAACAGAAGACCUGCAAGCUUCAGUAUCAGAAACGGCACAGCAGCCAUCUGAAGAGGAAAGCAAGUCUCUUGAAAAACCAAAACAAAAAAAGAAUCGCUGUUUCAUGUGCAGGAAGAAAGUGGGACUUACUGGGUUUGAAUGUCGGUGUGGAAAUGUUUACUGUGGUGUACACCGUUACUCAGAUGUACACAAUUGCUCUUACAAUUACAAAGCUGAUGCUGCUGAGAAAAUCAGAAAAGAAAAUCCAGUAGUUGUUGGUGAAAAGAUCCAGAAGAUUUGAACUCCUGGAAUACAAAAUCCUUUGACCAUCUGCAAACUAAAAAUUGACUUGAGGUUUUUUUUCCUAGUCAUUGGGAAUGUAGAGCAAUGUAUCUUGCAUAGACCUUUUAAUCAUGCAUGUCAUCAGAAGAAUAGAUUUUUGUUUUUGUUUUGAAAAUGACUCUGAACAUUUAUUUACAUUGCAGUUUCUGUGGCUGAAAAGACUUAAGUAAACUUUACAAGUAUUAUCCUUUUAAGAUCAUUUUAAUUUUAGUUGAGUGCCGAGGGCUUUUAUAACAAACGUGGAGAAAUGUUGGAGGGCUGUGAUUUUUCCAGUAUUAAACAUGCAUGCGUUAAUCUUGCAGUUUAUUUUCUCAUUGUGUAUGUAUAUAUAGCUUUUCUCUGCAGCACGAUUUCUCUUUUGAUAAAUGCCCUUUAGGGCACAACUAGUUAUCAGUAACUGAAUGUAUCUUAAUCAUUAUGGCUGCUUCUGUUUUUCAUUAACAAAGGUUAUACAUAUGUUAGCAUAUAGUUUCUUUGCACCCACUAUUUAUGUCUGAAUCAUUUGUCACAGGAGAGUGUGUGCUGAAGAGAUUCUAAGUUUGUGUGUUUUUAAAUUUUUUUGAGCAAGGGAAGGAAAAGCUGUAUGCAUUUCAUUGCUGACUGCAGGUUUCUUUCAGAUUGUGUUCAUUGGUCUGUGUGUAUACAAUAUGAAGAAUGAUCUGAAGUAAUUGUGCUGUAUUUAUGUUUAUCUACCAGUCUUUGGUUAAAUAAAAAGGAAAACCAUAA